AGUUACGCCAAAUAAUGUCCGCGACAGCUGUAGCCGCAAUAUACGAAUACAUUUUUCAAGUAUGAUUUUGAACAUUUACUUGCGCUCACGAGAAAAGUUCUUUUUCUUCCACUUCAAAACGAUCGAUUCUUUAGAAUGUCAUAGUGCGACUCGAAACACGCUGGCUGAGCGGUAAAAAUAAAGUUCGACGGCGCACGAGGUAUACCUAACCUUUCCGCUAGCCAAUUAUUACAGCUGGCGAGAGCUAAAUAUAGAGCGUAACUCGUGCGCAGAGGCUCGUGGGGGCACUGAUUGAAAGGAAGAGAGCCAGUCGUGUUUGAGGUCCAGCUGCGUGUAGAGCUCGAGUGAAAUUAGUGUUGGAGAUAUCAGCUCUUACAGCUGCGUUACGUGCCUUUAUUAGAAUGCUAAAAAUAAAAGUUGCAGUGUGAAAUGAAUCUCUGAAAAUUUGUGUAUAAUGAAAGAUUUUACUUUUAAGACGAUAACGAAAAGUAAAUUUAAAGUAGACUUGAAAUUUUGUAGGUUAUAAAUAUAAACUGUGUAUGAAUCGAUUAAACGUUUCGUUCUCAAUGCCGUAUCACACAAGUGUUACGUCGAGGAGAUACGGGCUUAUAAGUCUACGUUAUCUGCGUAACUGAUUCUUACUGUUAUUAGUUGAAUGACAACCGCUGCAGUCGAUGUCAGUCGCUGAGAAACUUUCACAGCGUUAGAAAUAAACUGACUAUACAACGUGAAAAAUGGUUUUUAUAAACAGUGUUCGAUUCCCUGGAAUACCUCGAAAACUGAAAAAGUAUUGGCUAAGGAUUUUGAUAUUUCUUUGCAGUACUUUCUUCGUCGUUCUUUUACUGCUAAAAUGGAAGGUACUACGAUCUGGAGUUAAUGCUAUUACACGACGCGAGAAGAGCCAACAUGAAGAAAGUUCAGAGUAUGGCUGAAGUAUCGAACACACUAUCAAAAUUGCACGACACGUGGAGGACGUCGGAAAAUGCAAACACAGCGAUAUUCUCGGCUUAUCUGGAUCCCAGACCCGAAGUAGUGCUCGAGGAAGUGCCCAAUGCCAGCAGCAAAAAUUUAUGGGCGUUGAUCAGAAUCAUUGCGAUUUUGGACGUCGAUUCCGAGGACACCCCGAUGACGUGCUACUACAAAUUUGCCAAAGAGCCGCAGUUUGCCAAGUCGCAAAAAGUUUACAUGGAGUCUCCGGCAGUCGGCGUGAGAAUCGUAGCCAAGACCGAAAAUUUCGGGAUGCAGUACUCGGCCGCCUUUGUACUCUGCAGACUGGUAACAGCGGACGACGGGAGAUUACCGUCGCAAAUCGCAUUUUCGACCAGAAGUGGACAAACUUACGAAGAUGUCGGCAAACAGAGUUUCGUGGACGUGCAUUACACGACGCGAAUCGAUAGUGGGGAUCAGGAUCGAUUCAUGGCGGCCUGCGUACCGAGUCUGCAUCACGACUACGACAAGUACGCGAAUCUGAUCGAGUUUGUCGAGUUCUACCGGAUGAUGGGAGUGGAGCACUUCACCUUCUACAACACUUCUGUGACAGAGGAGGUCAGUCGUGUUUUGGCCCACUACGAGAGCGAAGGUCUCGCCACGGUCCUGCACUGGCAACUUCCAGCGCGUUAUCUGUACGAGAGAAAUUUAAGGUACAACGGCAUUUUCGCUGCGAUGAACGACUGUUUGUACAGAAGUACGAUGGUGGGAGGGUACAAGUACGUCAUUAAUACCGAUCUGGAUGAAUUCAUAGUGCCGAGAAAGCAUUUGAACUUUCACGACAUGAUGGACUUUCUGGAUCCGCCGACGGAAGAGAUCGUGUACUCGAGCUUCAUGCUGCGAAACAUGUUCUUUUAUCUGAUGCACGAAGACAGUCCGGUGCCCCAGAACCCUCCAGAUAUACCGAAAUUGUCGUUGCACACUAAAACUACGCGGUUGGCGCGAAUCAACCCGGCGUACGACCGAAGCAAGUACAUUGCAAGGGGGCAGGAAAUCGUCGAAAUGGGAAAUCAUCGAGUCUGGCAAACCAAGAAGUACUCGUUGAUACUUCGAUCGACAUCCUCUGGCCCAGGUUACGGGGAGAAGAUGGUCGAUCCGGAAAUCGCGGGCUCCCAGCACUACCGAUACUGCGAGGUGAACGAAUUGGUAUGCUGGCUGAGGGACACCGUCAUCGACAACACCGCUCACAGGUACACCAGCGAGCUGGGAGCCAGAGUCUCGGCUGUGUUGAAAAAGAUAUUACCAAAUAGUACUGCCUAACGAAUGUAUUUUUGUAAUAAGUUUAAGUUUUGGACUUACUUUUGUAAUAAAACGUCGGCGAAGAA